AUUUGCUGUUAGCUGCGUCACGUCCUUUCUGAAGCCGGCGGUUGGAGAAGUAGCAGCGUGUUCUCAACCAUUGUGUGCCCGUCGCUGUCGUUAUCAUGGCUUCCCUCUCACUUGCACCUAUGAAUAUAUUCAGAGCUGGAGCCGAUGAAGAAAGAGCAGAAACAGCCCGCUUGUCUUCCUUCAUUGGAGCUAUUGCUAUUGGAGACUUGGUUAAAAGUACAUUGGGUCCAAAAGGCAUGGACAAGAUUCUCCUGAGCGGUGGUCGAGAUAGUAGUGUUACAGUCACCAAUGAUGGAGCAACUAUUUUGAAGGCUAUCGGCAUUGACAAUCCUGCUGCCCAGGUUUUAGUUGACAUGUCCAAAGUUCAAGAUGAUGAAGUAGGCGAUGGAACAACAUCUGUGACUGUGCUGGCAGCAGAGUUGCUUAGAGAAGCUGAAAAUUUGAUUGCAAGAAAGAUUCACCCACAGACUAUAAUCGCUGGAUGGAGAAAGGCAACACAGGUUGCUAGAGAAGCCCUCCUUCAAGCUGCAGUGGAUCACGGGAAUGAUGAUGAGAAGUUUCGUGCUGACCUGCUAAACAUUGCCCGGACAACAUUGUCUUCUAAACUUCUCACCCACCAUAAAGAUCACUUCGCUAAACUGGCUGUGGAAGCUGUUCUCAGGCUGAAAGGUUCUGGCAAUCUGGAAGCUAUACACAUCAUUAAAAAGUUGGGAGGAAGUCUAACAGACUCUUACCUGGAUGAAGGAUUUCUGUUAGAUAAGAAGAUUGGUGUAAACCAACCCAAACGUAUAGAAAAUGCCAAAAUUCUGAUUGCCAACACCGGAAUGGAUACUGAUAAAAUAAAGGUCUUUGGCUCACGGGUGCGUGUAGACUCUACAGCGAAAGUGGCAGAGAUUGAGCAGGCUGAAAAACAGAAAAUGAAAGAGAAAGUCGAUCGUAUUCUGAAGCAUGGCAUUAACUGCUUUAUCAACAGGCAGCUGAUUUAUAAUUAUCCAGAGCAGCUUUUUGGUGCAGCUGGCGUGAUGGCAAUUGAGCAUGCAGAUUUUGCUGGUGUUGAACGCUUAGCCCUCGUUACAGGUGGUGAGAUUGCCUCCACAUUUGAUCACCCUGAGCUGGUAAAGCUUGGAACCUGUAAACUCAUCGAAGAAGUCAUGAUUGGAGAAGAUAAGCUGAUCCACUUUUCUGGUGUUGCCAUGGGUGAGGCUUGCACUGUUGUCCUUCGUGGUGCCACUCAGCAGAUUUUGGAUGAAGCAGAAAGGUCCUUGCAUGAUGCUCUGUGUGUCCUUUCUCAAACUGUAAAAGAUACCAGGACAGUUUAUGGAGGAGGGUGUUCAGAGAUGCUAAUGGCUCAUGCUGUAGCUGAGCUUGCAAACAGGACCCCUGGAAAAGAGGCUGUAUCCAUGGAGUCAUUUGCCAAAGCGCUGCAAAUGUUACCAACUAUAAUUGCGGACAAUGCUGGGUACGACAGUGCAGACCUUGUAGCUCAGCUCCGAGCAGCUCACAGUGAAGGAAAAUCAACUUACGGCCUUGAUAUGAAAAAUGGCACUAUUGGGAACAUGGAAGAGCUGGGUAUAACAGAAAGUUUCCAAGUAAAGAGACAAGUCUUGUUGAGUGCAUCAGAAGCUGCUGAAGUCAUUCUGCGUGUGGAUAAUAUAAUUAAAGCUGCCCCAAGGAAACGUGUUCCUGACCAUCACCCGUGUUAAGCGUUCUUCAGCCCUGAGGGUUUGUGGACCAGACUUCAGCUGUCUGCUUACACUGAUGACCACAAAAAGUUUCCAGAGAAGAAGUUACCAACUAGGCACUUGCAGAUUGCACCCAUACUGUAUCUGGGUUUAUUUAUUGUUUUGCAGCAAAUUGAUUUUUUUUCUCCUUUAGAUGCAGUUGUUGUAUCUAAGCUUUCCAUUAUGAGCACUGAAAUAAAAAUUUUUUCAUCAGUACUGUUUAUUUUGGUA